CGAGGCUAAAACCCCAACUGUUUUGAACAAAGAUAGCCUCUUUUCCUUCACAUUUCGAUACAAACAAGAGCGGCCUCUCUGCAUUAAAUUCCAAAUCCAUCGGCGAUUUCACCAAUCUUUCUUUCAAUUUAUACUCUCUUCUCACUCUACAUUCUCUGCAAUUCUCUCUCUAGAUCCUCUAGUUUCUCUUCGUAUAACCUUUUGUAGCCAUAGUAAUGGCGACGAGGAUGAUUCACGGUGCAUUUGCGACAAAUCCUAGCUCUGGAUCUCUUCAGAGCCAAGCUGAGAAGCUGAGGCCGACGGCUGGCUUUGGUUCGAAGGUUUUGUUUCAGUCUGAGAAGAAGAGCAGCCGUGGAGUGGGCCAUGUUAGCUUGCCGAUUAUUGCCAUGAGAUCCGCACGAGUCGAGCCCGAAAUUAUGCCGGUGACCCCUGAAGAUGUUCCCAAGGCAGAGGAGCAAAUUCCGUAUUUAAAGACAAUUCAGGAACUUGGUGACACAUCAGUGGGUACAUGGUCUAAGCCUACAGUAAGACGCAAGACAAAGAUUGUUUGCACGAUUGGUCCAUCAACCAAUACCAGGGAAAUGAUAUGGAAACUGGCAGAGUCUGGGAUGAAUGUCGCUCGUCUGAACAUGUCCCAUGGAGACCAUGCAUCUCACCAGAAAGUCAUUGACUUGGUUAAGGAAUAUAAUGCCCAAGCAAAAGACAAUGUUAUUGCCAUCAUGCUUGACACCAAGGGUCCCGAGGUAAGGAGUGGUGAUUUACCUCAACCCAUUAUGUUGAUGAGCGGCCAGGAAUUUACUUUCACAAUUCGAAGAGGGGUUGGUACUGCAGAUUGUGUGAGCGUCAACUACGAUGAUUUUGUAAAUGAUGUAGAAGUGGGGGACAUGCUUCUUGUGGAUGGUGGUAUGAUGUCGUUAAUGGUGAAAUCGAAGACUGAAGAUUCUGUAAAAUGUGAGGUCAUUGAUGGAGGAGAGCUUAAAUCUCGACGGCAUCUAAAUGUUCGAGGAAAAAGUGCUACACUUGCAUCCAUUACUGAGAAAGACUGGGAUGACAUCAAAUUUGGAGUUGACAACAAAGUUGACUUCUAUGCUGUUUCCUUUGUCAAAGAUGCGGCUGUGGUCCACGAAUUGAAGGAUUAUCUGAAAAAUGCUGGGGCGGAUAUUCAUGUUAUCGUAAAAAUUGAAAGUGCAGAUUCCAUACCAAAUUUACAUUCAAUCAUAACUGCAUCAGAUGGGGCUAUGGUUGCAAGAGGGGAUCUUGGUGCAGAGUUGCCCAUCGAAGAGGUUCCUAUAUUGCAGGAAGAAAUAAUCAGGCUCUGUCGUAGUAUGGGGAAAGCUGUCAUAGUGGCAACAAAUAUGCUUGAGAGCAUGAUAGUUCAUCCGACACCUACCAGAGCAGAGGUAUCAGAUAUUGCAAUUGCAGUUAGAGAGGGUGCUGAUGCAGUUAUGCUUUCUGGAGAAACUGCUAAUGGGAAAUAUCCACUGAAAGCUGUCAAGGUCAUGCACACGGUGUCUAUGCGGACCGAAGCAACAAUGGUUGGUUCACAGACUCCACCAAACCUUGGUCAAGCCUUCAAGAACCAUAUGAGUGACAUGUUUGCAUACCAUGCAACCAUGAUGUCUAACACACUUGGAACUUCAACUGUUGUCUUCACCCGAACUGGUUUCAUGGCCAUUCUACUGAGCCAUUAUCGGCCUUCUGGCACAAUUUUUGCUUUUACAAAUGAGAAGAGAAUACAGCAGAGACUGGCUUUGUACCAGGGUGUUUGUCCCAUAUACUUGGAGUUUUCAGAUGAUGCUGAGGAGACCUUUUCAAAGGCGUUAUCUUUGUUGCAGAAAAAUGGGAUGGUGAAAGAAGGCGAGCAUGUUGCUCUUGUUCAAAGUGGCAGACAGCCUAUCUGGCGGUCCCAGUCGACUCAUAACAUUCAGGUCAGAAAAGUAUACGACAAAGAGCCUAUCUGGAGGUCCUAGUUGACUCAUGACAAUCAGGUCAGAAAAGUAUAGACUGGCAAAGGAGGUUUGAGACCUAAUCGGAAUUUAUUUUUGAACCCUUGGGUUCUUAAGUUAUCGACUCAGCAUCUGUCCCCUUUUUUAUUUUAUUUUAUUUUUUAUUUUUCUGUAAUUCAUUCCAGCAAAUGUACGUUAUAAGAUUUUAGUUCUUGACUCUAUACCCUAUUUGACAAACGCCCUCUGCACUUCUAUUAUUAUGUGGUAACAAUAUUAGCAUUUGCUUUUUGAUUGGUUAA